UUAGUAAAGGAAAGUGGCCAGCUGUUUAAAAUAAUAAUUUCAACUUGUCGGAAUGCUAAGAAAGGAGACGUCCCGGUCUUAUCAAGAGUUUAAUGAUGAUGUAGACGAUUCUCCAAGCCUAGACUAUGACCAUAAAGACAGUGGGGAUCAGGAUACGGUGGAGGACUCCAACGGAGGCGCGCUGCCAGAUGACGACACAACAGAUGGCAGCUCGUCAAUGGCGUUCAGUAAAGCCUGCCUAAAAAACGUAUUGUCGGUCAUCCUGAUCCUCAUCUACCUGAUGCUGACCACAGUGGCCGUGUUCCUGGCCUACCAGACCAUCACUGACUUCAUGAAGAAGCUCAGCCAGCCUGUCAUGUCCGUCACUUACAAAGAGGUCGACUCGUUUGCCCCUCCAGGGAUAGCUCUGUACCCAGGCAGAGCCCAGCUCCUGAGCUGUAAACACCACCACCAUGAUCACAUCCCCCCCUUGGUGGCACCAGGGAAGCCCCAGGAAGGAGACUGUGUCAUGCAGGAUGUCACAUACACUGGCCCUUACACCAACCACACCAAGCAAGCUUUGGUGGUCCGCGGCCCCUCGGAUGUACGCAACAGAGAACUGAUCUUCCUGCAGUUCAGUCUGAAUGAAACCGAAGAGGAUUUUAGUGCCAUCAGCUACAUGCUGUUUGCUACAUAUGUUGACCUGUCCAGAAGUGUAGAUAAGUCAGAGUUCAUGGAGGACUGUGAGCGGACCUACUCCAUGUGGACCUUCUCUGGGGGCUUCAGGACGUGGGUCAAGAUGUCUCUGGUGAAAACCUCUGGGAAAAGAAAUGAGACGAUGGAAUUUCGCCAAGAGUCCAGUGUGGUGAAGUUCAAUGACAAAAGACCCGAGUCAGAAAAAAACAAUCAGCUGUUCUUUGUUGUGUUUGAAUGGCGGGAUCCAUUCAUACAGGAAGUCCGAGAUAUAGUGACAGCUAACCCUUGGAACACCAUUGCCAUUCUGUGUGGAGUGUUCAUGGCCCUGUUUAAGGCAACAAACUUUGCAAAACUCAGCAUCCAGUGGAUCAUCAAGAUUCGAAAGAGGCAUCGGAGGAAUAAAAACAGAGAGCUAAACCCGAUCAGCUGAAAUGCAGGCUAGCAAAGCAUCUAGCCUAGAUGCUAUACAGGAAAUUAUAUAAAUUGCACAGGAAAUGGGUUAUAUUUACAUAUUUUAUGAUUUUGUGUCAUCAUUUUAUACUUUGAGAUUCGAAGUCAUCACACUGGCCAGUCAGCUUCAUAGAUUAUGUCCAUGUUACGUGCACAAACAACAUUUUGAAACACUUACUCAUAACAUAUUUCCUAUAUUCAACCUAGGCUCAUGCUGCUUUUGAAAUACUUGGGCAGUUUAAAAUGUAUAGUGUAGGCAGUUUAAAAUGUAUAGUGUACUGGCAAUUUUUCCAGCAAGUUAAAUUUUGCCAUUCCAUUUCAAUGAUAUUCAUAGCACUAAUGUUCCAUUUGAUAUAUUUAUGUGCAAUCCAUGUUUCUGAAGUUUGUAGGCAGGUGAAAUAUACCAACCCUGUUGCUGAACACUAACUUAUACUUGGACUGACAGUACAUAUGUAAAGUUGGAAAUUCCUUGUAAGGGAAUCACUUUUGAAAAGGGAAACUUCUUAUUUAGUGUAACUGAACUGUAUGAUGAGUUAAAAAGGGAACUUUCCACUCAUGGAUAUUGUUACAUCUAUGUGACUUACUUUUCGUUAAAAAAUGUUUUGAACUACUUUACUUCUGACUGGAAAUUACUUGAAAUUCAAUAAACUUAUCAAUAAAGUUA